GUCACAUUUAUCUUGGCAAUGCAAAUCUUGAAGAGACGUCAUCCAUUGCCAUCCACCGAUGCGCGCCACUUGCCACAGCACGAGCUUGCAGCGGCGCUAUUGUAGUGGUGUUUUGUCGCUCUCACACGUGGCAUCGAUAGUGCUUUGGGUGGCUGCGGUCGCUCUGCCGUUGCUUCUGGCAUGGGGAUCGCGAGAUUUUGUGCUGCAAGUGAAUUCAUACAGAGAGCAGCCCGUGGAUAAGUCCACAGACCAAGUGCUCUGUGUAUUAGAAGGCGAAAGUGAUGGUGGAACGCCGCUAACGUUGGUGCACACUACCUUCCCGGAUCGGGUUCAGCAGCUCUUCUCGAACGCAAGCUUGCAAACUGCUUUCGUUAAGACUUCAAAUACGGAUGUCGAUGCUGAUGGAAUCCCCGAGUCAGUCCAAGUUGAGAUUGCCACGCCGCUGUCGACUAACGAGAUUAUUCGACAUGCAACGGUGGUGGUUGUGCUCGAUUAUACAUUAAAGAGCUACGCCAAGCUCAACAUUGACGUGCUGACGGUGUUCAGGCAUUCGUCUUCGUUGGCUGGGGACAUGUUGUAUGCAGAUGGAGAUCUCAGCUUUCAUCAACGUUAUCCACUUGAGAUUACCGAUAGCAUCCAGCAACCGUACGUUGAUUCACCCAUUGUGAACAUGACCAGCACCAAUACAACGCAGGAGCUACUGCUUCAGUCUCUCAUAAGCGGGUACCGAGAGCGCAACUACACCGCCAAUUUCUACGUCCCGUACCCAAUUUGGACGCCAAAUGCCAAUUCAUCGGAAGACAUUAGGGUGUUUCGAGUGCUCAUGGAUAUUCGGAUAGACCCUGUCAACGUUUUGUAAGGCUGUGCAUCGAAAACUCAUGAUACUCGCUCCAGUUAACACUCUUCGUUCAGAUACACCCCCGAGUGGCCAGAGAUUGUAAAGCAUGCUUGGAUACAGGUAAGUCAUCAGCAUGAAAUGCUCUCUGUUAUUCAUUUCAUACCCAACUCAUCUCUGGCUCCAGUACUACUGCAUUUUCGUUGUCGUCUCAACGCUCGCAUUUGCUCUGCGUGAAUAUCUCUUCAUCAGCAAGGUUUGUUGUCAUCGGAAAUUCGUCAAAGUCAACCUCCUGUUCUUUUCACUCACGUGUUCUUGUAUCCAGCUUCUCCCCAGCGUUUGUGUCGUCGAUGAACCUCGAAUGAAGCCUACAAAAUAUGAAUAGCACUUUGCAAAAACAAAUACAAUAUAUAAUGUAAAACGAAAACUCACU